AUGAAGGUAUCUACUAUUUUUGCUGCUGCAAGUGCAUUAUUUGCUGCUACCACCACUUUAGCUCAAGAUGUUGCUUGUUUGGUUGAUAAUCAACAAGUUGCUGUUGUCGAUUUGGACACUGGUGUUUGUCCAUUCACCAUUCCAGCUUCAUUAGCUGCUUUCUUCACAUUUGUUUCCCUUGAAGAAUAUAAUGUUCAAUUCUAUUAUACUAUUGUUAAUAAUGUUAGAUAUAAUACUGAUAUUCGUAAUGCUGGUAAAGUGAUUAAUGUUCCAGCUCGUAAUUUAUAUGGUGCUGGUGCCGUUCCAUUUUUCCAAGUUCAUUUAGAAAAACAAUUAGAAGCUAAUUCUACUGCUGCUAUUAGAAGAAGAUUAAUGGGUGAAACUCCAAUUGUUAAAAGAGAUCAAAUUGAUGAUUUUAUUGCUUCUAUUGAAAAUACUGAAGGUACUGCUCUUGAAGGUUCUACUCUUGAAGUUGUUGAUUACGUUCCAGGUUCAAGUUCUGCUUCCCCAUCGGGUUCUGCUUCUCCAUCUGGUUCCGAAUCCGGUUCUGGUUCUGAUUCUGCUACUAUCAGAUCUACUACUGUUGUUUCAUCUAGUUCUUGUGAAAGUAGUGGUGAUUCUGCCGCUACUGCUACUGGUGCUAAUGGUGAAUCCACUGUUACUGAACAAAACACCGUUGUUGUCACUAUUACUUCUUGUCAUAAUGAUGCUUGUCAUGCUACCACUGUUCCAGCUACUGCUAGUAUUGGUGUCACUACGGUCCACGGUACUGAAACUAUUUUCACUACUUACUGUCCAUUAAGUUCUUAUGAAACCGUUGAAUCUACUAAAGUCAUCACCAUCACUUCAUGUAGUGAAAACAAAUGUCAAGAAACCACCGUUGAAGCUACUCCAUCUACUGCUACUACUGUUUCUGAAGGUGUUGUAACUGAAUACGUUACUUACUGUCCAGUUUCUUCUGUUGAAACUGUUGCUUCAACUAAAGUUAUCACUGUUGUUGCUUGCGAUGAACACAAAUGUCAUGAAACUACUGCUGUUGCCACUCCAACUGAAGUUACUACUGUUGUUGAAGGUUCUACUACUCAUUAUGUUACUUAUAAACCAACUGGUUCUGGCCCAACUCAAGGUGAAACUUAUGCUACUAAUGCUAUUACUUCUGAAGGUACUGUCUAUGUUCCAAAAACUACUGCUGUCACCACUCAUGGUUCUACUUUUGAAACUGUUGCUUACAUUACUGUUACUAAAGCUACUCCAACUAAAGGUGGUGAACAACAUCAACCAGGUUCUCCAGCUGGUGCUGCUACUUCAGCUCCAGGUGCUCCAGCUCCAGGUGCCUCAGGUGCUCAUGCUAGUACUGCUAACAAAGUCACUGUUGAAGCUCAAGCUACUCCAGGUACUUUGACACCGGAAAAUACCGUUGCUGGUGGUGUUAAUGGUGAACAAGUUGCUGUUUCUGCUAAAACUACUAUUUCUCAAACCACUGUUGCUAAAGCUUCAGGUUCUGGUAAAGCUGCCAUUAGUACUUUUGAAGGUGCCGCCGCCGCUUCAGCUGGUGCCUCAGUCUUGGCUUUAGCUUUGAUUCCAUUAGCUUAUUUCAUUUAA